CCACCGGCCUCGUUUCCUCCUCGUCAUCGCUGAUGCCGUUCCUUACCUGUCGCUGUCGCCCUCCUCUCUGACUCCUCGGCUUUUCUGCGCAUUUCUCCUUCAAACGUCGGCGUGAACCAAGCGAAACACAAUGCGGUUUCACGCAGGACUUUCCCCCUGAACAUGAGGACGGAGUGAAGGUGGAUAUAAACCGUGAAGAGGUGCCGACAACAACACCUCUUCUCUCGGGGAGAAAUGCAGGACGACAGCGGUAAAACAGCGGCGCCGAGUGCGGAUGUAACGAGCAGCGACCGUAGCCAGAACUCUGUGCAUUUCAACAAUCACGCCGUCACCCAGAACGGCCACACCUCCACACCAACCUCUGCUCCACAGCCGGAGUUUCACCCUCAACCUCCAGUUGUUGCACUGACCCCGGCGGUUGAACCCAGGGAGCAGUGGGGCGGGAAGUACGAGUUCCUGCUCUCCUGUAUCGGAUACUGCGUGGGUCUGGGAAACGUGUGGAGGUUUCCGUACCUCUGUUACCGCAAUGGAGGAGGUGUCUUCCUCAUCCCUUACUUCAUCAUGCUCUUCUUCACUGGUGUCCCUCUGUUUCUCAUGGAGCUGAGUUUGGGCCAGUACGGUGCAGCUGGACCCAUCAUGGUGUGGAAAUGCUGCCCCCUAUUGAAAGGUAUCGGCAUCGGGAUGCUGUGCGUGUCCACGCUGGUCUGUCUCUACUACAACGUCAUCAUAGCCUGGACCUUUUACUACCUGGGCAGCUCCUUCCAGAGCCCACUGCCCUGGUCAUGUGACGCCGUGGCCAACGCCGGUCUGUGUGGAAACAACACGACAGGAAACAUGUCCACAGGGAGGAUGCUCAGUCCCUCAGAAAUCUUCUGGAAUGAACGGGUGCUGGGCGUGGUAAACAGCGAGGGCCUCCAUGACCCGGGCCCCGUGCGGUGGCCCCUGGGUCUGUGUCUCCUGGCGGCGUGGGUCAUCAUCUUCCUGUGUAUGCUCCGAGGAAUCCACAGCUCCGGCAAGGUGGUCUACGUCACGGCCACGUUCCCGUAUUUUGUGCUGAUUGUUCUGGUCAUCAGAGGAGCGACACUAGAGGGCUCUCUUCAGGGCGUGGCGUUCUACCUCACCCCAGACUGGCAGCGGUUGGCUAACGCCCAGGUGUGGAACGACGCAGCCUCACAGAUCUUCUACUCUCUGGGCAUCGGCGUCGGCGGGCUGCUCUCCAUGGCUUCGUACAAUAAGUUCGACAACAACGUCAUCAGGGACACGUUGAUCAUCACCAUAGGAAACUGCAGCACCAGCUUCUUUGCAGGAUUUGCCAUAUUUUCAAUCCUGGGUCACAUGGCCUGGAGGAAGGGCGUCCCAGUGUGAGAGGUGGCAGACACAGGUCCUGGUUUAGCCUUUGUUGCUUACCCAGAAGCCCUUGCUCUCCUGCCCGGCUCAGUCUUCUGGUCCAUUUUGUUUUUCCUCAUGUUGUUUAUGCUUGGAAUCGACACACUGUUUGGAAACAUGGAAGGAAUCACCACGGCCGUGAUGGACGAGUUCCCACAGCUCCGACGGAACACUCUGCACAAGUCCUUGUUCUUGGCGGCGCUGUGUUUCGGCUUCUACCUCUUUGGCCUCCUGUUAGUGACUGAUGGGGGCAUUUACUGGUUCACCCUCAUUGACUCCUUCAGCACCAGCUUCGGCCUCAUCAUCAUCACCCUCUUCAUGUGCAUUGGCAUCUCCUUCUUCUAUGGCGUUAACCAGUUCUGUGAUGACAUCAUCGACAUGAUCCAACACUGUCCGCCCUGGUGCAGCAAAGUGUUGGUUUACUUCAAAGCCUGCUGGGUUUUCUGCACUCCCUUUCUCCUGCUGUUCAUCCUGACGUACAUCUUCAUUGAGAUGUACAACACUCCACUCAAGUAUGGCUCCUACGUGUACCCUCUGUGGGGCAAAGCUCUGGGCGUGUGCAUGGGUGCGACCUGCUGCCUCCAGAUCCUCAUCUGGGCCGCCGUCGCCAUCUGCAAGGAAACAGGAACGCUGAAGGAACGUUUCCAGAAGUCCAUCCGACCGCUGAACACGUGGAGGUCCAACAACACAAACACCACCAGGCUGGAGGUGGAAAGCAUGGAGCCUGAGAGGGUGGAGGGGCCGUUCACCGUCACGCUCACUGACAUGGACUUUACUGCCAUGACGUGGGAGUCUGGGAGCCAGGCAUGACCUUACGAGAAGACUCGCUUUUUUGUGUCAUGUGAUUUUUUUUUUUUAUUAACUAUCACGAUGCUAAGGGCCCCGGCUGGGCCCUGGUGGAUGUGUCCAAAGACUGUGUUCUGCAGGACAGUGUGGACGAGUUACUCUUUAUUAUUUAUACAAAGGCGUAUUAUUACACAGUAUUUUUAUUGUUGUUUUUUUGUUUGUGUUUUUUAAUAUACACCACUUCAAGUUCCGCUUCUCCUCCUUUUAUAUGUGUCAUGUGACAAUCUUAUUCUGUUACUAUUUAUUGUCUACGUAGUUUACUGCCAUCUGCUGUCCACAGUUGUCAACACUGGACCGGUAUUUAAAUAAUUACAUGUUAGAGGAAUUGGGACUGAAAGUGUCAUCUGUAAAUGAUCUGAGGACAAAUUCUAAACAAUAAAUGGAUCCUGUGAUUUUUAAAA